AUGACCUCGGAUUCAAACGUUUCUCCUCCUCCUGCUCCGUCGUCGUCUUCUGGUGAUAAAAAAUUACAAAUGCAUGUCGAUAAUGAUUAUAAUGAUGAUAAACAUUUACUUAAACCUCGUUUAUUACGAUUGACAUCAUAUCUUUAUCCAAUUUUAUUGGUAUCACUUCUUAUUAUUGGUACGGCACUUCUUGUUAUCACAGUUACACGACGAAAUACAUGCCGUCAAUUAUUAGACGAACGAAUCGAAUCUAGUUUAGGAUUAUCAUCUAAAGAUCAUGUAGAUCCAUGGGUAGCUUGUGUAAAAACAAGUAAUUCACAUCAUUGUGUAUGCCCAGCAUCAUUUAUUCGUUCUACAUUAAAUCCAUCACAUUGUAUUCCAAGUCAUUCACGUUGUCUUCAAUCAUGUAAAACAAAUCAUCAUUGUUCAUGUCAUAAUUUACAAGAUGGUCUUCGUUGUCUUGAAGUAACACGUAAUUGGGUUGAAAACGAAUUAAAAAUUAGUCCUAUUGAACGUCUUAAUAAAAAUUUAUUGACAAAAAAUAUUUUACAAUAUCCAUGGACAGAUCAUGCUAAUCGUAAUCUUGAACAUAUGCUUGUGAAUACACACUCAGGUGAACGAUUAUUUUUUAGUUCGGAUCGACGAACAGGUAUUACUAUUAAUGAACAUGAUGAUGAUUAUUUAAUAAAUGAACGUUGGACAAAAUUUGAAACAAAUACAACACAACAUCAAAUUAUCUAUACACAAUUAGAUCCACAAGAUCAUUCAUGUCGUAUGUCAUUAGUCGAUAAUGAUGGAUCAAUAACACAUGGUUCAGUUCAUACAUGCCCAAGUGCAUAUUUAGGUGCACCAUAUUUUCUUGGUGUUGCUUGUCAAAAUAUUCUUGUUUUAUGGCAUGGUAAUAAACAAGCAAAUGUACAACGACAAGAAGGUUGGGCUGUAUCACGACAUAAUUUCGAAAGCGAUAUUCCACAAUUACCAAUAUUACUUGAUCCAUUUCAUCGUUAUUAUUCAUUAUACGAUGAUUUAAUGAUGGAAAUUAAAGAUUUAAAUGGUGAUGUACUUGGUCAAUUAUUUACAAAUAUUUAUAGACCUACAAAAUUUGAAUUUAUUGAUCAAUAUGGAACCAUACUUGUAGCUAAUCAAACACAUAUGCAAUUAUUAAGUUCAACUAAUAAAGAAGCUUGGCUCGAUUUUUAA